AAAAAGAUAAAGGAAUGGGUACUUAUCUUCGUCAUGUCCAUAUUCCGUUAAUACCACAUGAAAAAUGUCCCGUUGAAGGAGUACAUCCUAAGUAUCACUUAUGUGCAGGUGUGCUAAAAGGUGGAAAAGAUGCAUGUCAAGGUGAUAGUGGUGGUCCAUUAUUAUGCAAAGGACUGCAAAUUGGUAUAAUAUCAUGGGGUAAAAGUUGUGCUCGUCCUAAUUCACCUGGUGUAUAUUGUCGAUUAGAUUUAUAUUUAGAUUGGAUAAAUUCAACUAUGAAAAGAAAUAGUGCAUUUCAAAUUGCUUCUAACAUUAAUAGUAUAUUCGUUUUAAUAAUGCUUUUUAUAUUAGUUAUAAGAUAGAUGAUUGAAUAUAUAAUAAACUAUAUAAACAAUAA